AUGGCUAGACAGUUGACUGCAAUUGAUAAACAAAGCAUACAUAAAAUAUGUUCUGGUCAGGUGGUAGUUGAUCUGUCUAUGACAGCUAAAGAACUACUUGAAAACAGUAUUGAUGCUCAAGCAACCAAUAUUGAGUUAAGAUUCAAACAAAACGGACUUGGUGGACUGGAUGUUGUGGACAAUGGUCAUGGAAUUGAUCCAUCAAACUAUGAAUCAUUAGCAUUGAAGUAUUAUACUUCAAAACUAUCAAAGUUUGAAGACCUUGAAUCAGUAAUGACAUUCGGAUUCAGAGGAGAGGCCUUGAGCUCAUUAUGCUCUCUCGCUAAACUCUCUGUCACAACGGCCACAAAAGAGCAAGCUCCAAAAGGCGUUCACCUCGAAUAUAACUCUGACGGAAGAUUAAUAAAGAAAACCACAGUAGUACGCUCUGUGGGAACAACUGUUCAUAUAUCAAAGUUAUUCGAAUCUUUGCCUGUUCGUCACCGUGAACUUCAACGGAACAUUAAACAAGAGUUUAAGAAAGCGAUGGAUCUUGUACAAGCAUAUGCUAUUAUAUCUAAAAACGUAAAGAUUGUAGCGUAUAAUCAGGCUUCAAAAGUAUCAAGCGCACCCAUAAUCUUUACACAAGGGAAUGCAACUGUUCGAGACAACAUUACCGAUAUUUUUGGAGUGAAGGUCUCUUCCCAGACAAUUCCAUUUGCGAUAGAUUUAAAAGAUUACAGUCUAAAUGAACACAAAUCACUCUUAAAUAGACCUUGUAUUGAGGGGCUUGUCUCGAAACCACAGCUUGGCUCUGGAAGAAGCAGUAAGGACAGGCAAUACUUCUUUGUUAACGGAAGACCUUGCAGCUUACCAAAGGCAAGCUAUUUUAAUCUAAUAUUAAACAAUUAUAUCCUUCUCAUAUUCUUUAAUGAAGUCUACCAACGUGAUGUUCCAACUCAGUAUCCUUUUAUUAUUGCUGAUUUGAAGCUUCCGCCAGACAGAUAUGAUGUUAACGUUAGCCCAGACAAAAGAACCAUAUUUCUUCACGAAGAUAACCUUAUUGUCCAGUGUGUCUCUGUAAGUAAAUUAUUAUUUUAUUGUGGCUUUUAA